AUGUCUUGUCAGUGGCGGCAAAAUUCUCAUGACAACUGGGAAAUGACACAAAGCAACCCACCUUCUGAGCUCCCAAAUGAUCCUAUUAUUUCUACAAGUUCUAAUCCAGAUGAACGUUCGUCAUCGCCAGCCAUAAAAAACGAACAAACCCAGGGGGAGUCAGGGCAGCCUAUGACCCGCAGUCUCUUUUCCCAAGCCGCGUUAGCGGACACGGAACCUAUCCCUCGAGAUAACUAUAUGCCCAAUCCUUAUGAUAUGCUUGUUCCGGAUUCUCCAUCUCACCGUUCAUUUGCGUCUGAUUUUGACGAUCAUAUUAAGUUACGCCGUAAAACCGAAGCCGAAGCUACGCAAACCCCUGGAGAGGGCUCCAGGGAUAUUGCAGGUAGACAGAGCGAUUGUAGCACAGUUUCGGACGAGAGCGACGGCGAUUUCGAAAUGCCUGAAAGCGAUGGAGAUGGGUCAGACAGUACUUAUAUCGCAGAAGCUACCCCACGACGUGGAAAGAAAAAGGCCCCUGAUAAAAAGGGUAAUAAAAAAGAUGUUUCCGUGGCCAAAGAAUCAAAUCAGGCAAACUCCACCAAAGGUCGGCAACGCAAAGCCGAGCCUGCUUCCAAUACAGCGCCGAAACGUACUAAGCAGAUUGCAAGUCCUGUGGAUACACAGAACACCAAAGCCAAGCCCCUGACAACUCAGAAUCUCAAAUCACGUCAUUUUCAGAAAGCCGAUAAGGACCAGGAACUUGGAAAACACGAUAAGGUGGUACGGAAUUCACCAUCAUCUCCCAGCGAGAAACAGGCGAAACCAAAGCCGUCUGCUGCCAGAUUACCGAAAAAGUCAUUCUACGGAGGACGAAAGGAUGAUAUACCGACACAAGUAGCUCAAAGGGACAAUGCCAGUACCAAGCCCCAGUCAGUAUUUGAUCCGAAGUCGGGGAGUAAACAGAGUUCAGGCAGUCAGAAACAGGUUCGCCCUGCUUCCCCGAUCGUAAUAGAGGACGGCGAUGAAGGUGGCGAUGCUCAGUAUAUACUGCCGUCCUCAGCAAAGGAAAAAGAGAGGUCAUCAUUAAAAGGUCCAGGCCUCAAUAAAGCCUCACUUAGUGGGCUUGAAGUAGAUGUGGGAGCUAACUCAAAAAAGAAGAGAAGCCCGUUACAGCCUGAACCGAAGUUGAAGAAUCCAAAAAGCAAUACUACACGAACAUACGGACAGAAAUCCAAUAAGAAUAUAGAUAAAUUUAUGGACUUUCACGAGCAGAAGUCCCAAGAAGCCCUACAAACGGCACAACCUAUGCCAUUCAAGUCUAAACAGCCUAAAAGUCAGAAACCUAAUGUUUCCGACUCUGGUCCAAAUAUUGUGCCAAGCAGGAAUCCUGCCUUCGCUCCUAUGAAGGUGGAAAGCAAUGGAUCCACCGAACGGAACACUGUUACCGCGAAUAAUUCGGAAAAAUCACAGGCCGAAGCUAUAAUGGAUGACCCAGAGCCAGGCAUGGAUGCAGAUGCAGUUUCUUCACGAAGAGGUACAUAUGAAGGACCUGGCGUGCCUAGUGCACAUAAAGUCUCUGAAAACAAUUCAGAUGCCCUGGUAUUUGCGGAGGGUAUUGCCGGGGACGAGGCAGAACAAACGGCAUUCGAAUCUCCGGCAAUUCAUAAGGAGCUUAAAUAUUCGGUCGAGGUUCAGGGUAGUCAUGCUCUCCAUUCAGGCAAACAGGGUGGCUCACCAAGUCAAGGAUUAUCAAAUAAUUCCUGGGACAAUUCUAAAGUAUUAGGGAAGCAGGAAGUUCCCAAUCAAGACAAGAACUCGAAGGGACUCGAGAGCAAACCAGACUUCAAAACAAGUCUGGAUCAGGAAGCCAAGUCACUGUCGUCGGGUCAAAGUGGAUAUUCUAGCCAGAGAGAGAUUCGCAGAAGAGACACUCAAAAGAGCCUAGGCGACUUCGGCGUACCCGUCGACCAUGGAAAUAAGGCCACUUCUCUAACAGGAAGCAAACAAUCCCCUCUUGUGGGAUCAGAGGGCCACUACCAGGUUAAUAUGAAUCCAGGAGAAGCUAUUCAGUGUUCAAAUAUUAGGAAGGAAUUUUCGAGUAGAACUGCGGGUAAUGAAGGAGUCCUCGGAUAUAACCCACUCCAGAGAAGACAGGAGCUCGCCGAAUACGAAGAAACAUUCCCGUCAUCAGAUGUGCACCAGGUACAAUACAGUCAUGAACGAUCUGUGCCUCUACGAGCACCUCCAAAACUUGAGCCACAACCACCACCAGCUUUUCUCCCGUCAGUUAAUUAUUCGAAACCUCGGGCGGAAGGUAUAGCGCAGUCAGAUACCCUAAAUGAUCCAGAUAAUCAUCGAUAUAUACCCGAUCCUAAGUAUCGAAUGGCCUCAAAGUCAAGCCCGAGUGAAAUACCGUUGGCUGAAAGUACGGAUGGUCUUAUGUCCCCGGCCCCACAGCUUCAUCCAAAAUCUGUAGACUUUGCUUCAAGGGUCGCUCAGGGUUAUGAACGAGAAGAGCCUCAUAGAAAUGUUGAGCGGAGAGCAGUAGAUAGGAAAACUAACCAUCAGCCAGCGAAACAGCUUUCAUGGGCUCGCCCGAAAGUCACAAUGGACCCACGGGAUGGCUUAAAACGCCCAUUCCCUGAACCUAUCGGCUCCAUGGGGGUUUACGAUGGGAAAGGACCAAGGGCGCACAGUAAGCAGCAUAAUAAUCCAACAUUGGGAUCUAAGAACGAGACGAGAUGGAAGAAAGCAGUUGAAGACGCAUCUGAUAGUGUCAUAGAUACUCUUCAUUUCAUUUCUAUGUCUCUCCUAGAACAUCUAAGGACGCGAGAGCAAAAAAUCUUUACUAUUGUAAAUGAGUAUAAACGUAACGGCACUAGAGUCACAGAAAAUAUAGCCAAACAUCAGGCAGAAGAAUGGCACAAUAUUUCAGCUAUGGCAGAAAAAAGGUGCUUGGAAUUUGCGACCCUAUACGAAGCAUUAUCCGAAAAGACAGAAGACUUCCGAUCUAGAUGCAUGUCUAAGCAUCGUAGUCAGGCAUAUGCAGAGUGGCAACAGCAGACAGCGCGAGUCAAGAAUGCAAUACGCAUAGCUAGAGAGGAAACAAUCUCGGGUUAA